CUCAGCUGAUCUCAUUUCUUUCUUCAUCUCUAAAACCUUAAUUGGUCCUUCGUCCGUAUCAUAUUCCCCAAACCACCAUCUUUAAUUUUCACCACACCAUUAGUACAAUAUCUAUGAUCUCUGCUACUGCUUCUAAUUAAUUACAUCUUAUAUAUAUAUAUAUAUAUAUAUAUAUGUAUAUAUAAAAUCCCCAAAUUAUAUAUACAUACAUAUAUAAAUAUAUAUAUUCUCCCUCCAACAUAUGUAUUGAAAGCAUCAUGUCUAGCUUUGGGAAUCUGGAUGAUUUUGAAGGAAGUUUCUCCUUCAGUACUACAGCUGGCUCCAAUUUCAAUUCCGAAGACGAAGAUGCCGAUGACAAUGAAUACAUCGAAAUUGCACUCGACCACCACCACCACCAUCAUCAUCAUAACCAAUCAAAGCACCACCAGCGGGAAGAGGACGACUUGGAUUACUUUCGUAUAUCGUUCUCGUCCCCCGCCUCACCUCCUUUCCCUGAACUAAUCAUAUCUGAGUCUGACCGGACCACCCAAACUUUGCCCAACCCUAAAACCACCCAACCUAUCACUUUCUCCGACGACUCUGCUAUUUACACUCCGACCCCAUCAUCAUCAUCAUCAUCUUCCUUGUCGGCGUGCUCUUCGUCUUCAGGGUUUUACAAUACCAGAAGGCGAAGGAUACUAGAUUCGUUGCUGUUGAGCUUUAGAGUUCCAUCACCGGAGAGCUUCUCCGCCAAGGGAAGUGGCGGUGGUGAUGAAAAUCAAAAGCAAAGCCAACUCUCCAUCCACCACGCCGACAACGGUGACCCGCUACGUAACUCUAACACCAGGAAAUUCGCAUCAUCUAAAUUUAAAACCUCAGCGACAAUGAAUAAUAGUAGCGGAAUCAUGAAGUUGUUCAUCAAGUUACGAGGCAUCAAAAUAGCCUCCAUUGUCAAACCACGCCGAGUAGGAGUAGCAGCAGUGGUUCCUCCUCAAGGCACACCCGAUAAUAAUAAUAACAUUAACAUUGGCUACAACAUUUACAACAAGAAAACAUCCUGUGAGACAGUCGACUACAAUAGGAGACUGAUCAAACCUCUAGACAAACGGUUGUUGCAGAGAAACAAAGAUCAAAUGACAAGUAGCAAGAUUAAAUCUUCUCGUGACCAAGUUGGUGAGAAAUCCAGCAGAGUGCUGGAGAUGAAUAUGGGAGCAGUUAGAGGUGCUUUAGAAGCAAUGGGCAUCGCCAUUAAUGGUCGCAAAGAUAGAAAAACCAGAAGCUGCCCUAGUUCUAUUAAGUCCUCCCCACUUCAUGAAGGAGUUCCAAGUGACCAAUAUUGUUAUUACAAAUCUUAUUCAAGAGAGAACUCAAUUCAGUCCGCCAUUGCUCACUGUAAAACUUCUUUUGCCAGAUCCACAUUAUCUGAUGAUUUCAGCUUUUGAUUAUAAUUUACAAAGGAGUAUAUAUAUAUAUAUAUAUGCACUUUGAAUUAUGUAGUAUGUUCCAGAUUUUUCUUCCUUGUAAAACAAAUUGCGUCUAAUUUCCGAUUAUAUAUGCUAGUAUGUGAUUCCUCUCGAUUAAUUAAUUAUUAUAAACUCCAUU